CGGUACGACGGAGACGCUCCUCGUCCUCGUCCACCACCUCCUCCUCUCGCUCUACUUCUACUUCUGUAUAAAAGCCCUCUGGAUUGGUCGCCCACAGGCACACCACUCCGCGCUCCCGGUCGUCUCGCCCGCCCGCGCGGCCGUUUCACCUUUCUCCCCACCUUUUCUCCCCUCCCUCUCUGGCGACGACGACUUCGGUGGAGAUAGAGAGAGAGAGAGAUGAGGACGAGGAGCGGGUCCCGGUAUUCUAACGGCGGAGGCGAGGAUGCCUUGGUGGGGCAGAAGAGGAAGAGGGCGGCGUCGGCCGUCGCCGGUGAGUGCGCCUGCUGCGAGCGCAGGAAGCGGCCUGCCGACGGGCCGGACUACCUGGACGCACUCCCCGACGACCUCGUCCUCUCCAUCCUGACCAAGGUCGCGGCCGACUCCUCGGCGCCCGCCGACCUGCUCUCCGUCCACCUCACGUGCAAGAGGCUCAACGAGCUGGGCAGUCACGACAUGGUGUUCGCCAAGGCCUCGCCGGCGUCGCUGUCCGUGAAGGCGGCGGCGUGGUCCGAGGCAGCGCAGAGGUUCCUCAAGCGCUCCGCCGACGCCGGCAACCUCGAGGCCUGCUACAUUCUCGGCAUGAUCCGAUUCUACUGCUUGGGCAGCCGCAGCGGCGGCGCGGCGCUGCUGGCGAAGGCGGCCGUCGGCGGGCACGCGGCGGCGCUCUACUCGCUGGCCGUCAUCCAGUUCAACGGCAGCGGCGGCGCCAAGUCGGACCGCGACCUCCGCGCGGGCGCGGCGCUGUGCGCGCGCGCGGCCGCGCUGGGCCACGUGGACGCGCUCCGCGAGCUCGGGCACUGCCUGCAGGACGGCUACGGCGUGCGGCGGGACCCCGCCGAGGGCCGCCGCCUCCUGGUGUCGGCGAACGCCCGCGAGCUCACCCUCGCGCUCUCCGCGGCCGCCUCGCGCCACGCCGCGGGCGUCGUCGUCGGAGGCGGCGGCGGCGGCGGGUGCCCUCUCCUGUCCGACUUCGGGUGGAGCCUCCCCGAGGCGGAGCCCCACGCGGCGAACCAGUUCAUGGUGGACUGGUGGUGGGCCUCCGACCGCUGCGCCGCCCAGGCGGGCGGGAAGAUAACCGGCGAGAGCGGCGUGGACGGCGACGGCGCGGAGCUCCGGCUGUGCUCCCACGUGCGGUGCGGGCGGCGCGAGACGCGGCGGCACGAGUUCCGGCGGUGCUCCGUGUGCGGCGCGGCCAACUACUGCUCCCGCGCGUGCCAGGCGCUGGACUGGAAGCGCGCGCACAAGGUGCAGUGCGUGCCCGUGGACCGCUGGCUACUUGGCGCCGUCGGCGACGCUCAGGAUCAGCAGCAGCAGCAGCCGCAGUGAGGAAACGGGAAACGGCUCGGCGGGCGCAUCCCCCAACGGCUGACAUGACGUAGCAGCACCAGUACCCUACGGGUCUACGGCUCCGCCGCAGCGGCCGUGCUGGCCGGCCGGCCGGCCCACCGUAGCGAAAGGCGCGCUGGAAUCGAAGGCGUUUCGACUGAUUUUUUCCCCCCUCCAUGUCUUUUCCAUCGCACCAGCUGGUGAAUUGAAUGAGGUUUCCGUUUGGGCCCGGGUGUCGUCUUGUCAGAUGUACGUAUCCUACUAGUAGUACUGUAGUAGGCAAGGAAAAGGAGACGCAGAUCAGUAGAGAGAGUAGAGGUCCAGCUGCGCUUCUUUUCGUUUUUUUUGUAUUCUUCUGGUAUUUCUAAGCAGCCUAGAAACGGUAGUAGAAUUCCAAUUUCCAAGCCGUUUUUGUAAUGGAGCUUUGGAGUUGAGGUUUCCAUGGCGGUUUCUGUCGUCU